GAUAGAAUAGCUAAAAUAAAAGACUUGAGCAGUGUGGAAUUUUUAUUUUGGAGUUCGAUGGCAGUGAAGCAUGCAUGGCUUUCACUUCUCUCAGGAAAAGGAAAGACCUCCUCCAAAACACAAGUGUGGACCACUACUGGCUGGUCCUCCUCCCUCUGAGGGAUGAGAGGGAGUGAAUCACAGUGGAGAGCUGCUCGCUCUUCAGUCCAGCAGCGUCUGCUCAGCUGUCACGUAUGCCGAGUGACCCACGACCUCUCGCUGCUGCUUUUCUGCCCGAGAGAAGAUGGGAGUCUUAUCUAAGUGACUGGCUCCAAACGUGGAUCUGAAUUCUUUGUUUUGCAUACGGAAGUUUUAAAUCUGUCAACCUGUGCAUGACUGAGACAAUUAAAGGUUUUUACAAGCUGAGGAGCUGCAACAUGCCCAAAAUUAUAGCACAGAUCUGCCUCGGGUUAUCCAGGAGGUAAACGUGUAAAAGGAGAUGGUGCGUGUCUGAACCCACAGUGAACCAAGAUGGAGCCAAUUAAGAGAGAUAUGGAGCUGCUGAGUAACAGCAUGGCGACCUACGCUCACAUCAAAGCCAAUCCAGAGAGCUUUGCCCUCUACUUCAUGAUGGGCGUCUGCUUCGGGCUUUUCAUGGCGCUGUGCCUCCUGGUGGCCGGCAUCACUUGCAGGGCUCGCCGCCACAGAAAACCACCUCCGUCUCCAUCGAGGAGACAGCUCAAGGAGUCCAGUGAAGAGGAGGAGGAUGAGGAAGAAGAGGAGGAGAGUGUAGGAGAGGAGAGGGCGGUGGAUACGGAGAUCCCUAAAGUGACAGUGGGUCCUCUGAGUGACCGCAGCAGCCAGUCUAACGGCACUCUGAGGAGCCUGAACGUUUUCACCUCGGCCGAGGAGCUGGAGAAGGCUCGACGGCUGGAGGAGAGGGAGCGAAUCGUCAGGGAGAUCUGGAGGAACGGGCAGCCGGACAUCCUGGUUACGGGGACCGGGACGAUUGGACGAGUUCAUUACCACUAAGAGAGACUUGGACUGAGCUUUUAAAAAACCUGUAAGGGACAACCAAUGGAGAGAAACGUGCCUUGUAUGGAGGCACAAAAAUGGACGCAAACUAAUCGCAACAUUAAAAAUAUAUAUAUAUUAUUUACCGAUUAAAGAGUUUGCAAUAACUUAACUUUUAUCAUGUAAAAUGAAAUUUAGAAGAAAAUCCACUCUACUCAAAACAAAAUACUAGUAUUUUUAAAGUCCCUAAAUAAAUUGCAGUAUUACAAAAAUAAAUAUGAAUAAUAAGAGAGAAAAUAUGUAUGCAAGCUAACCAUUUAAAAAUUCAUAAAAGUUAUUUUUAAUCAGCUUUUUUUUCAUGCUUGAAGUGUUUCUCAGUCAAGAUGUAGUGGCAUUAUGAAAAAUUACAAAAACAAACAAACGCACACCAAAUUAUUUUAGAGGUUUGGGGUUGCAUGUUGCGUAUCUCCUCAUAUAAAUUUUUUUAUUUCAUUAUUUUAAUUUAUUAUUAUGGAAAAUCGGACACUUUGGGCCUCCAUAAAUGUGGACUAUCACAGAUUUUAUGCACAAGUGUUUGUUUUGGGGGGAAGGUUGGCUUCAUGUGUAUUCAUCUUUGGAAUGUGAAUAAUUAAAGCUAAACCACUUUUUAAUAAACAAAUGGUCUUAUAGUCACUGUUUUCCAAAAUGAAGAAUAAACAAUUUUUAAAAAGAAAGAAAGAAUAAAUGAAGAAAAAUUGUUAAGAAUAUGCUGAUCUUGCUCUAUCUGCACAUUUCAAGUUAAUAAGUCAAAGCUGAUAUAAAAACCCAAAAUGAUGAUGGCAAAAAACAUUUCUUUAUGUGGUAGAAACAAGCUUCCAUAUCACAAUGAUGUGAAAUAAGGGAGAUUAAAAAAACAUAGUCAGUAUAAAAGAAGGCCUCUGAUUUUCCCACACAUUAUGAAGCUUCAAUCAGUUUUGGGAUCGUCAGUACCCCACAGCAUCCACACUAUUAGUCACAUACAGUAAGCUGUUAAAAUGCUCCAAAACACUCCAACAGCACACACACAUCGAAGAGUUUAUUGAUUUAAACUCAGUUAUCUAGACAGAUGAUUGUAAGAAAAAUACAAUUAAAUCCAGUCUAUUCAUGAUUAUUAUAAAGGAGAAAAUCCACAGAGGCUACCAGGCUUUUCAGCUCUGGGGUUGCUUCAUGCUAGGCUGUGGCCUCUGUAGUGGGCAAUGAUGGUACUGCAGGUUGGUCUUGAGAACCCAUUAACUACAUAUAUAUAGAUAUAGAUAUAUUUAGUGGUACCUUCUGAAUUCUUACAUGACUAUAGGAUGAGUCUAUGCAGGCUCUUAGUAAUCCCAGGUCAUGUUAGACUACAUCCUUAAGCUAAAGGUAUCUGGACUUCUUGGUUUGUGAAGAUGUUUUAUGUUUAGUCUAAGACGCUUCUUCACUUGUAAAGCAACUGAUUGAGACUAUUGGAGACUUAGAGACAGUCCCAAGGGUUUUUGACCCACUAGUAAUCAUAUGGGUCGUUACGGGUCACCAUCAUGCGAGUUGUUGAGAUCAGAUGGGUCAAGGUUGAAAUGGGGGCUGAUCUGCCUGGGACUGCAUUAAAGGGAACUGAUAGCUGGUGUUUUAGGAUAAGAUGCACAUAUAUAUAAGAUGAAUCAGAAGAUAAUCCUUUUGGGUUAAUUCUAAUGAGAAUGAACUAUAAGUAAAAUCAGCCAAAAGUCACUUCUAAAAACGUAGCUUCUCACACACCUCUAAAGAACUCGUCUUUAGACAUUCGGAACCUUUCGAGCCCAUUUUCCCUGCCUCCCAGUUUGAGCAACAGCACCUUCUCUCUGGUAAAGACGUGUCUGUUUGGAGGUAUGAAUAAAACCAUUUAGCUCAAAAAUACUGUAGGUUUUACCAAUGCAGAUGGUCUCAGAGUGGAUCCCAGUAAACUCCCAGGAGAUCCGUUCGUUUUUUGCUGGCUGAAUUUCUCUCGUGCGCCAUGAAAAGGUCGAUUAUGCUACAGCAGGGGAGUUUGUGUCCCGUGUCUGUCAGCUGUCAUGUUUUAAGUGGCACUGCCUGAACUGGAGAUUGUUUUAGGAUGGGGGGGAAAACUGCUUUCCACAAGCUGGCAACUGGCACUCAUUUAGGUCUUUUCUUCAUCCUUUUACGUUGAUGACAUUCAAAUCUAUUGUCAACUGACUGAUGAUUUGGCAGCACCACUGAACUCCCUGUACGAUUGCCUGAGAGAGGUUAAAGAUUGGCCGGCAGAAAAUUCUCUCGUUUUAAAUGAGAAAAAAACUAAAGUUAUGGUGUUCGACAGCCAUAUUCCUCGAGACCAGCUUGUUGCUCUGCUGGGGCCCCUUGCUAACUCUCUCUCCGAUUCUAUGCGUAACCUGGGUGUCUAUUUGGAUAGCUCCUUUAAGCUCGAUAAGCAAGUAUCAUCUGUAGUUAAAUCUGGUUUUUUUCAACUGCGCCAGAUUUCUAAAGCUAAGCAUUAUAUAGCACACAGGGACCUGGAAAAACUUAUCCAUGCUUUUGUGACCUCCAGGUUAGAUUAUUGUAAUUCUCUCUACUGUGGUCUCCAAGCCUUCUCUUUUCGAAGGCUGCAACUCGUUCAGAAUGCUGCGGCUCGCCUUCUUACUGGCACUAGAAAAUUUGACCCUAUUACUCCGGCUCUUGUUGAUCUGCACUGGUUACCAAUCAAAUAUCGCAUUGAGUUUAAAAUCUUGCUACUCACUUUUAAAAUCCUGAAUAACAUUGCGCCCAGCUACCUCACUGACCUCCUCAAUUGU